CGAGAGAACAAGAACAAUAACGACCCCCAGGACUAUUCUCCUGACUGUGGACGUAUGGGAGAGACAGAGCCUGACCUUCCACCCGAACCUGGCCCACCACAGGAAGCCCAGGAGGAGCGGAGAUAUCCUAUUCGACAGCGAAGGGCACCUCAAAAGCUUGACCUGUGAGUUGAGCUGGUUAAGGAGGUAACGGACAGUAAAACAAACACUUUAAUAUGUCCUAGAUAAAAGGAAAGAAAAAGGACAUUACCUGGGUUAGUUAUUCGGACACAAACUCCAUCUUCGGGGCAGAAUAAUCCCCUGGAUUUGUGCUGGGCUCUGAAAAGUCUGCUUCAACCCAGUAGUUGAAAAAUGUUUAAGAAUGCAUUGUUCAGAUAUUGCAUUAGUAGUUACCUAACAUAUUUACCUUGUUCUCUGGGAGUUAAACACUAUGGGGGAGGAGUGUAGUAUCUGGGAUCUACAACUGUUUAUAUUAGUUACUGUGCUGUUACUAAGCAGUAAUGCAUUACGGCAGUGUUACGUUACUACACCUAAUAGGAAAUGCACAUGCGCACUGGGGUGCCGGGAACUGUAGAGCACGAUGGGUUUUGACUAAACGAAAACUAACUGUACUCCCGUCUCCUGCCUGGUAAUUUCUCCACAACACAAAUAUUACAUAGACCUGCGACCAAGGAGACAGCCACAACAAAUUAUGUAACCAGGAAGAGCAAUUUUGAGUGGAACGUUUACAUGAAAAGAGUGAGACUCUGGACAUUCAUUUACAAUGUAAAUUCUUAUGACAUGGUGUGACUGAAUCAUUCCCAAUUUUAAGCGUAACAGAACGUAUGAGGUUUGGUGCUUAUCGAUGCAUGUAGGCUAUGGCAUAUCAAACCACGAAAAUAUGUACAAAUGUCAUCAGCCAAUUACUGUAUUCUCUGAACCACAGGCAUUUCGAUUAUCUACUGAUGAUGGCUGAAAGAGAAAGCUCGGGAAAUGGUUUCACUUCUUGUAUCUGUUAGCCAAUGAAAUUAAGAGACACCGAAUGAGUCAAUGACAACGUCCAAUCAUAGGUGGAGCAGAAAGUGGGCGUUUAUUAUGUCUGUAGAGCUGAAGGAGUUCCCCCUCAUCCAUAUAAGUAGUUUGAUCACAGAUGCGCUUGUGGAGUGAGAUGACGAGGCCCUGAACAACUUAAACUGGACAUUUCUAACAGAGUCUUAUCAACUAGACGAAACACCGAUUGAGUCUCUGACUGCAAAGGUGAGAGAAUAACGCUGACAUUUUUGUUUUGGACAUGCUGUACUCAGUGGUGUAAAUAAAACAUACAUGGAACCAUCACCCCCCAGCACCCCAACCACCCUGAAACCUGGCCCCACCUCCCCUCCCCCAGCUACCCCUAAAUCUACCCAAGGCACUAGACCCACCUUGACCCUGCCUAUAUCCACCUCAUCCGCCCCGACCUCUCCGGUCUCAUCUUCCUCCUCUUCUCAUCCUGGUCCCCCUCUCUCUCCUUCCUCGCCCUCCCUCUCCACCCCUCCUGCCUCCCCCCUGCGGCAGCCCAUCAGGCCUGUCUCCCAGGCAGGACGAUCCCAGCUCAAUGCUGCCAGCCGGUCAGCUGAGGAGAGGAGGGGGGCUGGUGCUGCUGGAGAUACCCCGGUCAGCCCCCCUACUACCCCUCUACGACAGGCUUCAGUAGCUCAGCCAGAGGAGCCAGAGGAGGAGCUGAGUGUGGAGGAGCUGGAGGAGAGGGCCAAGUCUGGAGAUGCCAAAGCCCAGAGUAGGAUGGGCCGGUACUACUUGGCCCUAGCUGAGGAGAGAGAUGAGGAGGUGAACAACUGUACAGCAGUGAGCUGGCUGGUGCAGGCCACCAAACAGGGCCGCAAGGACGCAGUCAAGAUGCUACAGCGCUGCCUAGCAACCAGGAAAGGCAUCACGUCAGAGAACUUUGAGGAGGUGAAGAAGCUGUGUACGGAGACCAGAUUUGAGAGAGGAGUGAGGAAGGCUGCUCUGGUCAUGUACUGGAAGCUCAACCCAGAGAAGAAGAGAAGGGUGGCAGUGUCUGAGAUGCUCGAGAACGUGGAACAUGUCAACACUGAGCCAGAUGACGCUGCCACCCAGGGCCCCAUAUCCAGCUCCAUGCAGAAACAGAGGAGAGUUCUGGAGAGCCUCGUCACCAGCAAAGCCAGUUGCUAUGACGUGGGUCUGGAUGACUUUGUAGAGACCACUAAGAAGUAUGCUCAGGGCAUCCCCCCCUCUCCCACUAUGGCUGGGGACGGCGGUGACGAUGACGAUGAUGAAGCUGUGAAGAACCCAGACGACUUGCCCCUUCACAAGAAGGUGUUGAAGUUCCCCCUACACGCCCUGUUGGAGAUCAAGGAGCACCUGAUUAACUGGGCGUCCCGGGCGGGCAUGCAGUGGCUCAGUGCCCUCAUCCCCACGCACCACAUCAAUGCUCUCAUCUUCUUCUUCAUCAUCAGCAACCUCACCAUCGACUUCUUCAUCUUUCUCAUCCCCCUGCUCAUAUUCUACCUGUCCUUGUUCUCCAUGGUCAUCUGUACACUGCGCGUCUUCCAGAACUCCAAGGCGUGGGAGAACUUCCGGGCCCUUACAGAACUGCUGUUACGUUUUGAGCCCGGCCUGGACCUAGAGCAAGCUGAGACUAACUUCGGCUGGACCCACCUGGAGCCCUACCUCUACUUCCUGCUGUCAGUGGUCUUCGUGGUCUUCUCCUUCCCCGUGGCUGACAAGACCUGGAUCCCCUGCUCCGAGCUGGCCACCGUGGCCCUGUUCUUCACCGUCACCUCCUUCCUCAGCCUCCAAGCCUCCGCUGAGCUCUUCGCCCGCCGCGCCCUGCUCACAGAGGUCUUAUCGGGGGUCUGUGCCCUUACACAACUAUUACCUGAUAGUGUCUGGUUCCUGCGGGUGUUAGGCACAACGUUUUUGACGGUGCCGCUAGGGGAGAUGGUGGCGCUGAACGUGGGCGUGCCGUGUCUUCUCUACGGGCACCUGAUCUACCUGCUGUUCCGCAUGGCCCAGCGGAGGGGCUUCAGGGGCACCUAUCUUUGCCUCGUACCCUACAUGGUCUGCUUCGUCUGGUGUGAGCUCUGCCUGGCCCUGCUCCACUCCUCCUCCACCAUCGGCCUGAUUCGGACCUGUGCAGGCUACCUCCUCUUCCUGUUCGCACUGCCUGUCCUCACCUUGGGCUUGGCGGCCCUGUUGCUCUUCAAGGUCCUCCAGUGGUUCAUGGCUCUGGAGAUCACCAAGAUGCUGGUGACUCUGACUGUUUGCGCAGUCCCGUUUGUGUUGCGGAUGUGGAUGCGGUUCAGCCUGAACCCGCUGGUGGUGGUGCGGUUCCUGUCACGGAGCAGCGUGGUGAAGCUCAUCCUGGUGUGGAUAAGUGCUUUGAUGAUGUUCUGCUGGAUGUAUGUCUACCGCUCAGAAGGCAUGAAGGUGUAUAACUCCACCCUGACGUGGCCGGAGUACAGUAAUCUGUGUGGGCCCAAGGCCUGGAAGGAAUACAACAUGGCCCAAACCCAGAUCCUGUGUUCUCACCUGGAGGGCCACCGGGUCACCUGGACAGGACGCUUCAAAUACGCCCGCAUUACCGACAUCGAGAACGGAGCCCAGUCCAUCAUCGGCCUACUUCCUGUGUCCGUAGGGAAUUGGAUGAGAUGUCUCUAUGGUGAGGCCUAUCCCCUCUGUGAAAACACCACCGACCCCACUGCCCCUCACCAGGCCCUUCCCGUACCUCUUCCAGAAGACCCCUUAUGCAAACUGAAAAAGCUGGCCAAGCACGAGUGCCACGUGAAGCACUUCGACCGCCACAAGUUCGAGGUGACCUUGGGCAUGCCCCUGGAGAGGAAGAGUAAGAACGGGACCAUCAUAGAGGACGAAGACGCCACCAAGGACAUCGUCCUGAAGGCCAGUAGUGAGUUUGGCCCAGUGCUGCUGCACCUGAGCGCUGGCAGCUUGGUAGAGUUCAGUACGGUUCUAGAAGGACGCUUGGGCUCCAAGUGGCCUGUGUUUGAGCUGAAGGCCAUCCACUGUCUGAUGUGUGCGGACGCCCGAGUGCCCAGCGGCAGGCAGUAUAAGAUAGAACACGACUGGAGGCACACGGCCCAGGAGGCACUGCAGUUUGCCUUUGACUUCUUCUUCAACCCCUUCCUCACCGCACGGCUGAAGCAGGACCCUGAGACACAGACCACACAGGGCAGAGGAGGAAUAGACCAAGGCUAGUGGUGGAUAAAUGCAGAGGACUGUACACUAUGUGGAGUGUAUAAGUGUACACUAUGUGCAGUGUGUAAGUGUACACUAUGUGCAGUGUGUAAGUGUACACUGAGAGAACUCAUUUCAGUUUGGAUUGUUAGUAAUGCAUCAUGUCGACCACUAUCAGGAGUGUCUGAGUGUACACUAUGUGGAGUGUACAUACACUGGGAAUAUACACACAAUCACAUAAAGGUUUGUCAGUAAGACUAUGCUGGAGUUCCAUUACCACGGUUCAACUGCUUCUAGUGGUGUGUGUGUGUGUGUGUGUGUGUGUGUGUGUGUGUGUGUGUGUGUGUGUGUGUGUGUG